AUGCCAAGCAUCAGUACAGUCGAACCGGACUCUUUCGAUGUAGAUGCCCUCCGGAACAAAUAUAGUGACCGAACCUUAGUUACUGCGGACAAAAAUUGUAAAGGCUUCAAAGUACUUCCAUCCAACUACAAUCCUACAUUAUGUGACAUCCAUAAUGGUUUUCACUUUUUCUCCAGCCCUACUCAACCUAUUAUCACAAGAUGUUUCUGUCACAAAUAUCACACAUACUUCUCUUCACAGCAUUUAUCAUUAUCACCCAUUCCCGAUACUACCCCUGCAUCCACAACUGAGUCAUCCAAUUCAAUGGAAAUUGAUCUUGAUGCUAAACUAUACAAAUCUCUUAACAAUGUACCCAAGUCAUCCUUUCAACCUAAACACAAUAUUGUUCAUCCAUUUCCCAACUGCUAUAGCAAUAUUAGACAAGAUACCAAUAACCAAAUCUCCUUUCUCACCUUUUCUCACCAUGCACAUACAUGCAUUGUUUGCAAAACCAAAGAUGUACCCUGUAUUAUGCUGACUGACAAUAAUCACUCACUAGACCCAAAUGCCCUUAUAUUCAAAACUGAAGUAGGUGGCUUCCCAGCUCACUCUCAAUGUAUCCAUAAACUCAAAUUAAAGCUAGCUAAACCUACAAGCCCUAUGAACUGGGAACAACGUGGUCUUUAUUGCAAAAUUAAAUUUUCACAGCUAUCGGUAGAAGAUAAGCGUGUUCUCUUCAAAACAUUCUUGGAAAAACUCCCCAAAAAGAUUAAAACUACCGAUAAACAAUCAAACAACAACACUGAUGAAAAAGAAACUUCAAAUGACAGUAAACAAAAAGAUGUUAACAACAAGCAAUCCAAACAAAAA